AUGACAGACCGACUGCCAGAAAGCAACACGAAGAGCAGCGACGACGCGAUUGAAACGCCUGACGACGACGGGCGGAAGGCGAUUCUUGGGUCGACUCAAGAAACGACUGAGAGCCCUGACGACGAGCGGAAAGCGAAGACCGGCAGAUCAAGUAGCAAGUCGAACCUGGUUGGGGGGUUGUUUGGCGUCUUUAGGAGGGAUUCAGGGACUAAGUCCCAGAAGGCCUCUGGUGACGGGAGGUUCUUCAAGAGCAAGAGCACGGGUGGGGCUCUUGGUGGGGGAACCAAGCGAGAGAAGGGAGAAAAGGGAGAUGAGGGAGACGAGGGGAUAAAGGGAGAGGAGGGACAGGAGGGAGAGAGGCGUGAGGAGGGAGAGGAGAAUGAGGAGGAGGAGGAAGAACUAGAAAAAGUGGCUCUUGCAGGGAGGAGGCGAAGCACAGAUGCCGAGCGAGGCAAGGGAGAGGCUUCUGGUGUGGUAGAGAGAGAAGAGAAGGGGACAGAGAGCGCUGGGAGCGCGUCAGGUUCGGAACUUGGCUCGGUUUCAGGCUCGGCGUCAGGUUCGGCGUCAGGUUCGGGGCUGGCUUCGGCGGAUGGAGCAGCACAUGGAAGGGAUGAUUCGGAGGGCGAGUCCCAACCUGCCCCGCGGAAGCGCCCAAGGCAGAAGCGCACCAACAAAUCAUCUCCUCCUCCAGUCCUCCCCACGACCCCCCUGACCAACCUUGACGCCUCUCACUCUCUUUCUUCCCCUUCUGUCCCUGCCUUCCAGUUUCGCCCUCUGUUCCUCCUUUAUUCCCCAGCGCCUAAGGCAGAGGCGCACCAACUAAUCAUCUCCUCCACGCCCAAGGCAGACGCGCACCAGCCAAUCAUCUCCUCCUCCAGUCCGCCUCACGAUCCCUCUGACACCCUUGACGCCUCUCAAACCCUCCCUUCCCGUUUCCCCCUGCAUUCCCCGCCCAAGGCAGAAGCGCACCAGCCAAUCAUCUCCUCCUCCAGUCCGCCCCAUGAUCCCCCCGACACCCUUGACACCGUCUCACCAUCCUUCCCUGGGAAAGAAGGCCGCACUGAGGAUUUUCCGGGCAGUUCUGGUGCUCGUGGUACACUCGGGCAGGACGGGCGUGAGGAAAAGGAGGAGACAGGGGAGAAGGAUGGGCAGCAGGAGGGGAAGAAGGGCGGAGGAGAACGCGAGAGUGAAACGGAUGGUUUGGUCGUAGGGAAGGGGCCUUAUCAGGGGGGAAAUUCGGGGGAGGAUAAGGAGGAGAAUGAAGGAAGGGAUAAGGGCAAGGAGGAGGGGGAGAGUGAGGGCAAGGGUCAUGAGGAGAAGGAGGGAGAGGGUGCAGGAGGGAAAGCCAAGGGGAGUGGAGGGGGGAGUGGAGGAGGGGCAAAAGGAGGGAAAGGAACAGGGUUACUGGGAGGUGGGAGUGUGAUUCUGAACGUGGGCUCAGUUCCUAGAAAGCUGUUCUCCUUCAUGCCACGAUCUUCUUAUGCUAAGCUUAAGUUGGGAGCACAUGCAGGCCUAACACCCCUCAACACCGCUUCAACAUCAUCCACUGAUGACCCCACGCCCAUCGCCACGCCCAUUGCCACGCCCAUCGCCACACCCAUACCCACACCCUUACCCAAAACCUUACCCCCACGCAUCCCCACACCAAUCCGCACCACUGAAUCCGCUGCCACUGCUGCUGCCACUGCUGCUGCCGCCGCUGCAAGCACUGCAGACAGCAGUGCAGCAGGGCGAUUGAACCUUGACCUGCCCACCCCUCGCUUCCCCUUGUUCUCUCCUGCGGCUCUCCAGUCCCCUGCUGGUGACCUAGCCUCCUUUGCCCCCUUCCGCAGCACCACAGCCACCAGUGGUGGGGUUGCAGGUGGAGGGGAUUUCUUAGCUGUUAAGAAAAUCGCGCCACCAGUGCAGCAUUCGGCAGCACAUCGCGGCCCUCUCGCUCCUGCUGGCGACUUGGCCGCGUUUGCUGCCUUUGGGAACACUGCUUCCAAUCCUUCAACCCUAAACACUUCAACAAACCCUUUCUUAAGUGCUAUGGGAGACCCAGCAGCGGCAGGGGGGGAUGGAGGGCGAGGAGGAGGCGGUGGUGUGGAAUCCGGCGCAGCAAUAACAGCAGCUGGAGCGGCAGCAGCAGGAGCAGGAACAGCAGGAGCAGGAACAGAGGGCGAGGACUGGGAUGCCAUGUUGCUUGCUUCCUUUGGUCGCUGUCACACCAUCGACGGGUCAUUCAGAGAAGCCAUGCGCGCUGCUAAUGCGCAAGAGGAGACUGAGACAGCAUGGGACGACGAUCAGGCAGAGGAGGAGAAGCAGGCACAAGGCAGCCUAGCACAGGAUUUCCCAGCACAGAACUUGUUAGCAGAGAACAACAACCAGGGACAAGAUUAUCAGGCGCAGAACAAGCAGGUGCUUGGGGCGUUCAGGCAGUAUGAGUUGGUUCAGGAGUCAGGGAGGGUCGCAGGUGGCAGGGGCUCAGGUGCAGGUGGAACUUCAGGUUUGAAAGAACAGCCCGUGCCCCCAGCUAGUGGUAUGAGCCCCUUUGCACCUUCUGGAAAUUCCUUUCCUUUACAGCAGCAACAGUCACAAGCCCAGCAACAGACCAAUCCAUUCCUUUCUCCGGGCACAAGCAGCAUCGGCUCGGCUAAUAAAGUGGGAGAAUCUGAACCCCUGUUUGCCAGUACAGGGUCUGCUUAUAAAGAAUCGUCUGUCGAGGCGCACCAGGAGGGGCAAUGGCUGGGGAAGCAGGAGGGGCUGUGGCAGAGCAUGGAGCAAGGGGCUGGCUCCAAGGGGAAUGGGCAGAAACAAGGUGCUUCCUUGAUGACUCAGAAGCAAGCUGGUUCUAUGGCUCAGAAACAACCUGCUUCCAUGGCUCAGAAGAUUCUUGCCAGUAACCCAUUCCUUGUGAUUCCCGGCAUGAGCAGUAGUGGUAAUGGUGCUGGUUAUAACGAGGAUAGCAGGGGUUUGCUUGGUGGGGAGGAUACUCCCAAGGGACUGCAGGAACUGGACUGUCCGGGUAGCAUGCCUCUCAAGCACCGCAGUGGUAGCAUGUCCUUCAACAUCGAGCACUUCGCACUUCCUUUUGUGAUGUGUGCCUUCUCCUUUCAGGGAGUCCCCGGCUGCGCUUCUUAG